AUGAGGGACGAAUUUGCAGGCCUGAGGCCCACUGAGGAGGUGAUCAAGGUCCAGGGGGCCCGGGCAAACGCACUCGCGUCUGAGCCCCGUCCACGGCGCCCGCAGCUUCGGGGCGUCCCCACCCCGGACUUUCCGCCCUGCCGGCGGCUGGGGGAGUCCCCGGGGGCCGGAGCGGGGGCCUGCAGCGGGCCUGGGGGCGCGCUCCCCAGGCGCGCGGUCACGCUGCGGGUGCUCCUCAAAGACGCGCUGCUGGAGCCCGGGGCUGGGGUGCUGUCCAUCUACUACCUGGGGAAGAAGUUCAUGGGAGACCUACAGCCAGAUGGCAGGAUCGUGUGGCAGGAAACCGGGCAGGUCUUCAACUCCCCCAGCGCCUGGGCCACCCACUGCAAGAAGCUGGUGAACCCAGCCAAGAAGUCGGGCUGCGGCUGGGCCUCUGUCAAGUACAAGGGCCAGAAACUGGACAAGUACAAGGCCACCUGGCUCCGUCGGCACCAGCUCCAUGUGCCUGUUGCUGCCGCCGAUGAGAGCCCGGCCAGCGAAGGGGAGGAGGAGGAGCUGCUGAUGGAGGAAGAAGAGGAGGACGUCCUGGCGGGGGUCUCAGCAGAGGACAAGAGUCGGAGACCACCAGGGAAGGGCCCCUCGGAUCCUGCCCACACGGAUACCACGCCCCCAGGGAAGCGGGUGGAAAACAAGGUCCGGGUGCCAGUCCGCUACUGCAUGCUGGGCAGUCGUGACUCUGCCAGGAACCCCCACACUCUGGUGGAAGUAACAUCCUUCGCAGCCAUCAACAAGUUCCAGCCAUUCAACGUGGCCAUUUCCAGCAACGUGCUGUUCCUGCUGGACUUCCACAGCCACCUGACGCGGAGUGAGGUCGUUGGUUACUUGGGGGGCCGAUGGGACAUCAACAGCCAGAUGCUCACGGUGCUGAGGGCCUUCCCCUGUCGGAGCCGGCUUGGGGACGCUGAUACUGCAGCCACCAUUGAAGAGGAGAUCUACCAGAGCCUGUUCCUGCGGGGCCUGUCCCUGGUCGGCUGGUACCACAGCCAUCCCCACAGCCCAGCGCUGCCCUCGCUGCAGGACAUUGAUGCGCAGAUGGAUUACCAGCUGAGGCUGCAGGGCUCCAGCAAUGGCUUCCAGCCCUGCCUCGCUUUGCUCUGCUCCCCUUACUACUCUGGCAACCCAGGCCCCGAGUCCAAGAUCUCACCCUUCUGGGUGAUGCCUCCUCCCGAGCAACGGCCUGGUGACUAUGGCAUCCCCAUGGACGUGGAGAUGGCCUACGUCCAGGACAGCUUCCUGACCAACGACAUCCUCCAUGAGAUGAUGCUGCUGGUGGAGUUCUACAAGAGCGCCCCUGACCUUGUGAGGUUCCAGGAGCCCUGGAACCAGGAGCACACCUACCUCGACAAGCUGAAGAUCUCCUUGGCCAGCAGGACGCCCAAGGACCAGGGGCUGUGCCAGGUGCUGGAGCAGGUUUAUGGCGUCCUCAAGCAAGGAAGCUGAGGGCACCAGCCUCCAGGGAGGUGGAAACCUCUGGGUCAGGCUCACUGCCCUCCUUGGCCCCAGGGCUCUGGGUAUCUGGUCUGGGGGUCCCCUUUGUUACUGUUUCACACCCAUGAAGCUUAACAGAGGUUCAGAUAAUAAAGACACGAAAGCAACAAACA